AGAGCUGCGAGGUGAAGAAUUAAAUAUGAAGGCCAGUGCAUAUAGCGCCAGUUUUUGUUGAGUUUUAAUGAGCUGGAAGCGCGAGAAAUAUGUGUGCGAAAAGUGCGUGGAGAUCAUCACUUAAUGCACCUCCUAUUUGCAUAGGUGGCUCCGUUGCGAAUUGAUUCCCAUUUUAAACAGUUGCCUGCCGAAGAAGAGUAGAGACGACAGCGAGAACCAAAACACAUACAUACAUACACGGGCACGGGACAACAACAACAAUGGAGUUAGGUGAUCAUGUUUAUGCCGCCGAGAAGAUCAUCAAGAAACGGAUCAGAAAGGGAAUAGUGGAGUAUUACGUAAAAUGGAAAGGUUGGAGCAACAGGCACAACACGUGGGAACCAGAAGUGAAUAUUCUGGAUUCUCGUUUGAUUGAUCUGUACGAACGGUCGCUGCAUAAAGAAAAUACACCUGGUAAACGAGGUCCGAAGAAGAAUGCCGGUAAGACGCUCGACAGAAUCCAGGCCAUCGGUGCCGAAGAAGAGUUGAGGAACAGCGAAGAGGAGAGCCAGGACGAGAGCUCGAGCGUGAAGUCAAUACCAAAAUUGGACGCAGCACCCAUCGAGGAUGACGAGACGCGGGCGUCCGCGGAGGAAGAGACGAGUCCACCGACGUUGACUCCAGCGACAGCCAUCGACAUCGAGAAUACCAGCAGUUCGAGCAGCGAGGACAGACCAAUCCUUAGCAGACUCAUAUCCGAAGAUCCCGUGGGCACAAAACGAAAAGCAGAGGUGUUGUCGAAGGAGUCGGGCAAGAUCGGAGUGACGAUCACGACGAGCAGUCCUACAAGUCCGAGUCCACCACCUGCGAAAGUACAAAAAACGAAGCCUCUGUCGUUGCCAAGCAGCGCCCGCACGAACGGCAAGAAAGAGGAUGAAGCCUCCUCCGGUAUACCGUCGGCAUCGAGCGCUGCCGUCCUCACGGCAACGGCGCCAAGGAGCGCUGAUAAAAGACCCAGCCAAAUAGAUCCUGCUCUACCACACACCUCCACCUUGGAACCUGCAUCCCCAAAGCCGGUUGCGUCACGUACUGACGAUAACCAGUCGGCGGCAGCAGCUUCGCAGGCAAUCUCCACUGCACCCGCGCCUACGUCCACCCCAGCCCCGCCUGUUCUUCGACCGCAGAACCAGCAGCAGCAUCAACAGUCCCACCCCGAAGCCGUUCUCAACAAUAAGCACGUCACUGUGAACGGUCAUAAUAAUAACAUCCACAAGACGGAGGCGGAGGAGGUGUCACAUCCACCUCCGGUCGCGCUUACGAGUCCCGGUUCCGACUACUGGCUCGCCCGAAACCCCGUUGCCGAUCAAGUCUUCAUAACGGACGUGACUGUUAAUCUGAAGACCGUCACCAUACGUGAGUGCAAAACGGAGAAGGGCUUCUUCAAAGAGCGCGACGAUAACCACCAAUCGAAGCCCAGUGAUAUUGUGUGACGUUUCUUGUAGUUUCUAGAAGCCGGCUUCAACUGUACAUACAACACGAGAUCUGUACAUAGGACAUUCUCUUUUGCGGAGAGCGUGUAAAAGGUAAAAGGCGCGCGAAACGCGCUGCAACAAUUGACUUUUUAUAAUUGAUGUGGAAGCGUUGCAUUCAUGUUUAACGCGGAUGAUUUUUGAUCUUCUCCGGAACAAACAAAUCACCAUCAGUUUAUUUAUAUACUUAUAGAUAUACAUAUGUUUGUGGAGAUGACAGUUUAAUUAUACCCAAUUGCGAGCAAACUACAGAAGAUGAACAGAAAAGAACACAGGGUAUUCAUUUAAUUCUUUUUAUUUUUCUUCUGCCCAUCAACACAUACAUAUAUGUAUAUAUAUA